AAUUAUGAAGCACUGAAGUGCAUCGACAACUUCAUCACGUUGAGUGUAAAAGUUUCAGUAGUCUAUAGCAAACAAAAUGGCCGAGCAGGGCGCAGCGAAUAGCCUUGUUGCGGAGCUCCUUGCUGGCGGGCGCGCUAAGGCGAACCAUGUCGUAAAACUUAUUGCUAUGAUACAGAACUGCAAGAUGGAGGCUGCGCUGAAGACGGCGAUACAAGGUCUGAAGCAGUUCUUCGUGGCUGCGGGCCAGGACGGCCACCUGGCGGGCUCCGUGGGCUCAACAGCGGUUGGCAGCCGGCCGGCGAAGCGGCAGAAGGUUGACUCGCAGGAACCGCAGCCGGACGCGGCCCCCGAUGCCGAGGCGCAGUACCGCCAGUGGCUGGGCCGGCAGUACGCCGCCUUUGUGGGUCAGAUGCUGGCGCUGACCACUGGUUCCCCGCUGCCGUCUGCAGCUGGUGGCGAGGCAGCAGCAGCAGCAGCAGCAGCUGCAGGCAGCGAGGCGGGCGUCAGGAAGGCAUUGCUGCAGCGCACCGCGGGCGUGCAGGUGGUGGCGGCGGCCGCGCUGAUGGAGUGUGUGCGCAGCGAGCUGGGUCCAGGCGGCUUCAGCGGGCGGCUGUACGGGCGGCUGCUGAGCGGCGUGCUGACGGGGCCGGGCGUGCGGCCGGAGGUGUUCGCGCUGCUGUUCAACAAGUACCUGGCAUUGGCGGAUGUGCGCUUCUACACGCUCGCGACCGUGCGGGCGGUAGCGGUGAAGUACAGCAGCGGGGCGGCGGUGCCGCGGGCAGGCGGCGCCAUGGAGGGCGAGGACCAGCAGGAGGCUGCGGACGUGGAGGCGCUGGCGGCAGUAGCAGCUGAGGUGGCAGCAGGGGCCGGCUCAAAUGGAGCUGCCGCUGGGUCUGCUGGGCCGGGGCCUGAGUCCGUGUUGCCGCUGCCGGAUCUGACCCGCAACCUGUUGGACGUGCUGGGCCACUGCGAGGCCCAGCUGCCCGCCGACCCCACCGCCUGGAACACCUGGUGCGGCGCCGCCGAGUUCAACCUGGUGGCGGCGGCCGCGGAUCGCAACGAGUCCGCCCGGCUGCGGCGGAAGCGCAAGGAGCAGGAGCAGAAGGAGGCGGGCGGCCAGGCGGCGGCGCAGGCGGCGGCGGGGCUGCGCAAGGUGGUGUGGGCCAACGCCAAGACUCAGAAGCGCUUCUACAGUGACGCCUGGCUGGCGCUGCUGGCGCUGCCGCUGCCGUCCGACGUGCUGCGCAAGGCGCUGGUGCGACUGCCUGGCUCCGUUAUCCCGCACAUGCUGGGCCCUCAGCUCCUGGCGGACUUCCUCACGCACUGCCUCAACCGGGGCGGGCUGACCGGCAUGCUGGCGCUCAACGGCCUCUUCCUGCUGGUGACACGCCACGGGCUGGAGUACCCGCAGUUCUUUGCGCGCCUGUACCAGCUGCUGGUGCCCGAGGCCUUCGCCAGCCGCAACCGCGCCCAGUUCUUUCGCCUGGCUGACCUGUUCCUGUCCUCCAGCCUGGUGCCCGCCUACACGGUGGCUGCCUUCGUGAAGCGCUUCGCCCGCCUGGCGCUAGCGGCGCCGCCCCCCGGCGCCAUGGUGGCCAUCGCCUUCAUCCACAACCUGGUGCGCCGCCACCCCGCACUGGCAGUCAUGCUGCACAACCCCCAGGCGGCAGCAGCGGCCGAGGGCAGGGGCGGGGCCGGUGACAAGAGGCAGGCAGGCGGCAAGCAGGCGGCGGCGGGUGUGGACGUGUACGACGAGGCGGAGCCUGACCCCGCCAGGAGCCGGGCGGUCGAGAGCUCGCUGUGGGAGGUGGAGGCGCUGCGCAACCACUACUGCCCGCAGGUGUCCACCUUCUGCGCUGUGCUGGACAAGGACCUCACCGACCGCACAAAGACCGCUGAGGUCAACCUGGAGGACCUGCUGGGGGCGGCCGGCCGCGACGCGCCGGGCGGUGCCGCCGGCUCCUACAACGCGCUCAUACGUGGCGAGCUGGCAAGGAAGCUGCGGCACGUGCCCACCGCAUUCUACGGCUUGGGCCAGGCGCCUACGUGCCUUUUCGGCAUCGGUGUGGCGGAUGACUUCGCGGGUGUGGCGAUGACCAGCGGCGUGACUUCUUGCUAAGACUGUCGUUUGUGUGGUUGUAUUGAAGUAGAAACUGCUUGCGGUGAUGCGACUGGCCAGUUUUGAUGAACGCACAUGCGCAUGUCAAAGCUAUGGUUGGGGACUGUAUCCGAGCCCAGACUUUUGGCACUCCUUGCCCGGAUCAUAUAUCAUACUUAGGUAGUUUGAGUUGCCCCUGUCGUGCGUGGGGUUGCAGCCUGGCAAGCCGAAACUACACACACAAGUGACCGACAUCAUCCGGUCGCUCUGUGGGCCCUCAUCCGGUCGCUCGGGCUUGUUCGCUAUUAUUGGCCCGAAAGUUUGUGACACACCUAAAACUGUUUUCGAAGAUUUAACCG